GUCUCUCGGCUCAGUCGCAGCCGGCGCCGCGAUCGAGCCGCAGCGGCAGCAGCUCCUCGCGAGCGCGCUUAUUUUUUCCUGGCGAUUGUCGCGAUACACCCCUCGGUAAGCAGAGAGUACGAGAGAGAGAGAGAGAGAGAGAGAGGGGACGACUCGAUAAGCCAGUUCGUACGCAUGAGCCGGUGGGAAGCGACAGCUCCAAGCGGCGGCAGAGACAGUUUGGAAGGAAACCAGGAGAUUAGCCGAGGAGGAGGAGGACGACGAGAGCAUGCUGACCGGGAGUUGGACCAGCUCCGCGCUCUUCACGGGCGUGUGCCUGCUGCUGCUGGGUGUGGCGGCGCGGCGCGGUAGCGGGCACGGCUUCGACGCGCACCUGCGCGGCCCGAGCUUCCUCAUCGAGCCGGCCUCGAGGGUCGAGUUUUCCAACUCGUCGGGCGCCUGGCUGGACUGCGCGGCGACCGGUAGCCCGCCGCCCAACAUCGACUGGUCGACUGCCGACGGCUUGCCCGCCGGCGACGUGCCCGGGGUCCGGAGGCUGCUCAAGAAUGGAACCCUCGUGCUGCUGCCCUUUCCCGCGGCGGCCUAUCGGCAGGACGUGCACAGCGCCACGUAUAGGUGCGUCGCCAGCAACUCCGUCGGCAGGGUGCUCAGCAGGGACGUCCAGGUUCGCGCAGUGGUCGCCCAGGCGUACAAGGUGGAGGUGGAGGUGAUCGGAGGCGCAUCCCGGGGCUGCACGGCCGUGCUGCGCUGCGUCGUGCCGAGCUUCGUCCGAGACCUCGUCCGAGUGGUCUCCUGGCUGCAGGAGCCGGCCUUCUACAUUUACCCCUCGCUGCAAGGAGACGGCAAGUUCCACCUGCUGCCGACGGGCGAGCUGCUGGUGCACGGGCUGGAGUUCAGCGACCAGGUGCCGGGCUACCGCUGCCGGACGAUGCACCGGCUGACCAGGCAGGUCGUCGUGAGCUCCGUGGCGAACGUGAGGAUAGCCGACCACCGGGGCGUCAUGCCGCCCGUGAUCCUCGACCACUCGGAGAACGUGCACGUCGCCCAGGACGAGUCGACCUCGCUGGUCUGCGUGGCCCAGGCCUGCCCGACGCCCGAGUACAGGUGGUACGCGCAGACGGGCGCCGAGCCGAUGCUCGUGCUGCCGGGGCCGCGGACGCGGCUGCUCGGCCCGGUCCUGGCCAUCGAGGCGGUCACCCUCGAGGACAGCGGGGUCUACCGGUGCGCCGCGGCCAACAGCGGCGGCGAGGCCAGCGCCGAGCUGAGGCUGGUCGUGACGGCGCCGCUGCACGUCGAGGUGACGCCGGCCCUGCUCUCGGUCCACCUGGGCGGCAGCGCCGAGUUCCGCUGCGAGAUCGGCUCGCACCCGCAGGCGGGGCCGCACUUCGUCACCUGGUACAAGGACGGCCGGCAGCUGCCGGGCACAGGCCGCCAGGCCGAGCUGCUGCGCAUCAACAGCAUCGGCCGCGAGGACCGCGGCAUGUACCAGUGCAUCGUGCGCCGCUCCGAGGGCGACACGGCCCAGGCCUCGGCCGAGCUCCAGCUCGGAGACGCGCCGCCGGUGCUCCUCUACUCCUUCAUCGAGCAGACCCUGCAGCCCGGGCCGGCCGUGUCGCUCAAGUGCUCGGCCGCGGGGAAUCCCACGCCGCAGGUCUCCUGGGCGCUGGACGGCUUCCCGCUGCCCAGCAACGGAAGGUUCGUGAUAGGCCAGUACGUGACGGUCCACGGAGACGUGAUAUCGCACGUGAACAUCAGCCACGUGGUCGUCGAGGACGGCGGGGAGUACUCGUGCACGGCGGAGAACCGGGCCGGCAAAGUGACCCACGCCGCCAGGCUGAACGUGUACGGUCUGCCGUACAUCCGGCUGAUCCCGAAGGUGACGGCCGUGGCCGGGGAGACGCUGCGGCUCAAGUGCCCCGUGGCGGGCUACCCGAUCGAGGAGAUCCGCUGGGAGCGGGCGGGCCGCGAGCUGCCGGACGACCUGCGCCAGAAGGUCCUGAGCGACGGCACCCUCAUCGUCUCGAGCGUGCAGAAGCAGGUCGACAGCGGCGUCUACACCUGCUGGGCCAAGAACAAGCAGGGCCACAGCGCCAGGCGCAGCGGGGACGUCGCCGUGAUCGUUCCUCCCAAAAUUAGCCCGUUCACGGCAGAUCACGACCUGCACCUCGGCGAGCGCACGACCCUGACCUGCUCGGUCUCGCGGGGCGACCUGCCGCUGACGAUCUUCUGGCUGAAGGACGGCAGGACGAUGGGCCCGUCCGAGCGCAUCACCGUCACCAGCGUCGACCAGUUCAACAGCAUACUCAUGAUCGAGAGCCUGUCUCCCGAUCACAACGGCAAUUACUCGUGCGUCGCUCGUAACCUCGCCGCCGAGGUAUCCCAAACGCAGCGGCUCGUGGUUCAUGUACCCCCUAUAAUUGAGCCAUUUAACUUCCAAGAGGGACUAUCCGAGGGGAUGCGGACGAGGACGGUGUGCGGGGUCGCGGCUGGCGAUCCACCCCUGACCAUAUCCUGGCUAAAAGACGGCCAAAGUCCCUUUCCCCUGCCCUCGAAGCUCGCCUCUGUCGUCAACGUCUCGCAGCUUGAUCCCUACUCGAGCCUCCUUAGCAUAUCCAAUCUAGCCGCCGAGCACUCGGGCGACUACACCUGCGUCGCCGCGAACCCCGCCGCCGAGGUCAGGUACACGGCCAAGCUUCAGGUAAAAGUGCCGCCGCGCUGGAUCGUCGAGCCGAGCGAUACGAGCGUCGAACGGAACAGACACGUGGCACUCCACUGUCAGGCUCAGGGUGUGCCCACGCCCAAUAUCGUUUGGAAAAAAGCAACCGGCGGCAAGUCCGGCGAGUACGAGGAAUUACGCGAGCGACCCUACACCAAGAUUCUGAGCAACGGGACUCUGCUGCUGCAACACGUGAAGGAGGAUCGCGAGGGUUUCUACCUGUGCCAGGCGAGCAACGGCAUUGGCUCGGGUAUCGGCAAAGUGGUCCAGCUCAAAGUCAACUCCUCGCCGUUCUUCGCCGCACCCUCGCGACUGGUCACCGUCAAGAAGGGUGACACGGCAACGCUGCACUGCGAGGUUCACGGCGACAAGCCGGUCAGCGUCAGCUGGUUCAAGGGCGGCAAGGACGAGAUGAAUCCCUCGACAAACUACCGGGUGACGGUGAAGCAGGAGUCGACGCCCGACGGGGUCGUGGCUCAGCUGCAGAUCUCCUCGGCCGAGGCCUCCGACAGCGGGGCUUACUUCUGCCAGGCGAGCAAUCUUUACGGCCGCGACCAGCAGCUCGUCCAACUUCUCGUGCAAGAGCCGCCGAUGCCACCGAGCAACCUGGAGACAGCCAUGGUGAGCAGCCGCAGCAUCAACGUCAAGUGGUCGCACAAAUCGCAGGACACGAGCGAAGUCAGCAAGUACAUUCUCCAGUACAAAGAGGGCGAAGGCAUGUGGCAGCAGCAGGAGCUCAGCGGUCCGCCGCUGCCGUACGCGGCGUUGAUCGACGAGCUCAAGCCAGCUACUAGGUACACCGUCAGAGUCAUAGCCGAGGGACCGGCCGGGAGGUCCACGCCUUCCGCUGAGCUGCUGGUGAGGACGGAGCCCCAGAGGCCCGCGGGUCCCCCGCUAAACGUCGCCGCCAGGGCGCUGUCUUCCACGGAGAUACUGGUCACGUGGCUGCCGCCAUUGCCGGAGCUCAGGCACGGGGACAUCGAGGGAUUCAACGUGGGAUACAGAGAGUCCACCUCGUCGAAUCCGUCGUUCAAUUUCACGUCGGUGCCGGGCGACGGCGAGGAGGGCGGCGCCGAACUGAGACUGACGGGUCUCAGGCCGCACACGCGCUACACCCUCAUCGUUCAGGCUUACAACCAAGUCGGCUCGGGGCCACUCUCGGAGAUGCUGAGCACGCAGACCCUCGAAGACGUUCCGAGUUCGCCGCCGGAGGACGUGAGGUGCGCGGCGCUGGCGUCCAAGUCGCUGCAGGUCUCGUGGCAGCCGCCGCCCAGUACGCACGCUAACGGUGUCAUACAGGGCUACAAGCUUAAUUACGAGCCGGUCCUCGGGGAGUCCUGGCCCAACAUCGACGAGAUGGAGGUGCGCAAGACCAGCGCCCUCACGACGGUGCUGACGGGCUUACGCAAGUACACCAAUUACAGCAUACAAGUGCUGGCUUACACGAGGGUCGGCGACGGCGUGCCCACCCGGGCAUCCUACUGCCACACGGAAGAAGACGUGCCGGCAAGUCCCGCGGACAUCAAGGUCGUCGUGAGCGCGCCGACGGCGCUGUUCAUCUCGUGGCUGCCGCCUCUCGAGCCCAACGGCCUGAUAACCAAGUACAAUUUGUACACCAGACUGGUGGACGGCCGCGAGGAGCUGAACCACGGAAAGCGCACCUUGCCGGCCGGCGACACCUACUUCGAGGCGACCGGCUUACAGCAGCACGUCGAGUACCAGUUCUGGGUGACGGCGAGCACGAGGGUCGGCGAAGGCCAGAACUCGAAGGUGGCAGCUCAGGUGCCGACGAACCGAGUGCCCGCGAGGAUCACCUCCUUCGGCGGUCAAAUCGUCAGGCCCUGGCGUGGAUCCGUCACUCUCGGCUGUAACGCUGUCGGCGAGCCGACCAGCCGCGAAUGGUACAAGUCCAACCUCGAGCAGGUGCGAACCGACUCCAGCAGGAACGUCCAGAUACUGCAGAGCGGCGAAGUUGUCUUCUCGAGUCUUCAGCCCCAGGACGCCGGAAACUACACCUGCCAGGUCGAGAACUCGCAGGGCAGCGACAGGCUGCACUACUCGCUAAUCGUUCAAGUGCCGCCGAGCGCUCCCGUGCUCUUCGUGUCGAGCUCGACCUCGACGAGUAUCCUGCUGCACUGGAUGCCUGGCUACAACGGCGGCGCACCGCUCACCAAGUACACGCUGCACUAUCGCCCGACUCACGGCACGCUCGAGGAAUUACAGCUUUCCCGCCGCGCCACCAGUCACGAGCUCAAGGGCCUGCUGUGCGGCAACACCUACCACUUGUACCUGAGCGCGCACAACAAGAUAGGCAGUAGUGCGGCGUCGCCCUCGUUGUCGGUGCGCACGCAGGGUCAACCUCCCGGCAUACCACCGGCCGCGGCAUUCCUCUCUCCGAACUCGACCUCGCUCGUGCUCAGGCUGACCGCCUGGCCAGACAACGGCUGUCCGAUACUCUACUUCGUCAUUCAGUACAGGCCCAUCAACGAGUUCCACUGGAGCCUCGUGUCCAACAACGUCAAGAUGCAGAGGCGAUUCGUCGUCACGGGUCUGGCCUCGAGCUCGGUCUACCAGCUCAAGGUCGAGGCGUACAACGUCGCCGGGAACAACCAGGCCGAGUUCACCUUCGUCACGCUGACCAAGGAGGGCGCCCCACCAGCGGAACUGUCGGAGCGAGGCAUGGGCGGGCCGGUGGCGUUCUACGCGGACCUGAAAAUCAUGCUGCCGCUUAUGGUGGCGGUGGCCGCCUUGCUGCUGGCCGCGGCGACGAUAGGCGCCCGCUGGCGCAACAGGUACGCGCAAGACCGGGUCCAGCGGCCCAUGAAGGAGUCCCAGGAGAACCAGCAGAAUGCCGAGACCCAGCGCGAGAGAUACUAUGCGACGAUACACAAGGUUGCCCUGCAGGGCAAUGCUGGAGCUCCGGACAAGAUUCCAGAGACGGCGGAGGAUAUCUCUCCGUACGCUACGUUCCAGCUGUCGGAGGGCGCAGGGGGAGGCCUGGGAGGCCUGGCUGGAUUGGCCGGCCUGGCUGGCGCGGAAGUCUCCGCGGGAGCUCUGCACACCAACAACACUCUCCUACACAGCUUCAUGUACCACGAGCACGCGAUGACGGAGGGCUGCGCGAGUCCUCCCCCCGCCACCACGACGCUGAAGAGUGUAUCGUCGCGUCGACGUCAGCAGCGGAAGCACCAGACACAGGGGGACGUAGAGAGCGACGAGAGCGAGUCUGACGCGGACCAGCUGACGAGCUCCCGGACCGAGUCGUCGAACCAGCUGGACGCGGGCAAGCUCAAGCACAUUCGAGCCGUUUCGGACUUCAUGUACCACGGCACGUCGAGCACUUCCUCGGACAUCUCACCAAUGUCCGAGCAAAAAUCGCUGCCGCGAAGGGGUCGCUCGAGAUGGCACGUGCCGAGCAGGAGCUCCCUUCGCACGAUACUGCCCCCGGUCUCGGUGGCGGAGACGGCCUUCGGCGGCGACCGAUCUCAGCAGGCCGACCAUCAGCAGCAGCAGCAGCAGCAGCAUCUGCGGGAGAUGAACGAGCCCGAGUGCGACAUCGACUCCCUGAAGAAGCUCAAGCUCGGAUUGAGGAGCUCGCUAUGGUCGAGACCGGCCGGCCAACAGGGCAACCCAUCCUCCGACUACUCCAUCGCCGUCUAGCUUCCUCGGCCCAGCCACCGCUGCCUUAGCUCCGGCUCGUCGGCUAACAUAACUCACCCCACACCAGCUAACCCCAUCUAAUUCUAAUGUACUACUGUGCCCCCCCCCCCACACACACAUACACACACACACACACGCACGCACGCACGCACACACGCGCACAUCUGUGUACAUAAUUAUUCUCUUCUCUAUUCUUACUGCGCUGUCGGAAUAAUCUCGCGCCUCGGCUCUCUCGGGCGUGCACGGACAAGUGGAUCAGCGAGAUAAAAAUACUCGCUGCACGCUAACUAUAAUUCGAUGCGCGCAGACCUAACUGAGCGAUGCACAGGAUAUCACCAGCAGAUCCGCUUUCACGCCACGGCACCAAAGUCGCAUUUGCCGUCGAUUAAUCUGAUUAGCGACAGCUGCCGCCACUUCGCGCACGCGUAUUGAUUCUGACGAGACAGAGAGAAACGGCUCCGCAGCUAUUAUAUGAUACUAUAUAUACAAACACGCGCACACUCGAUGAUUGUAAAUAGAGCAGGAGACUGCUUGCGGGUUGUAUUGGGAAAAAUUACAACAACAACAAAAAAUACAAUAAUUUAAUGAAUAAUCAUCAAAGAACGAACUAGGGCCGACUAUACGAUGUACUACUACUUAUACUACUGAUCAUUCAUCACACACUCACACAAAAACGCAGGAAAGAUAUGUGACGCGACGCAUCAAUACACGACAUUUACCAACGUUUGUACAUUGUAUCCUUUUAUAUGCAUAGGUAUGAUAAAGGCCAAUUAGCCCUGGCAAAUUCUCGGCACAAACCCCUACACCUGCGAUUUGACCCCCCCCCUCCCCCUCCCCCCCCCCGUGCUAUAUGGGCAUUCGGCAUGCGUAUAUCUCUAUUAAAGUGUCUGACGCAAAGCCAUAAGACGACUAGACGAGGAUUUAUGAUGUUUUGAUCGGAUUGAAGUGAAAACAAAGUCUAUCUAAUAAGUAUUAAACGAAUUAUUCGCAGCGUGCGAUAUUACAAUAUAUUAUAUAAUGCAGCGGCUGAUGAUCGAGAGAAAGAGAUAUUACGCGUGCGAGAGAGAUAUAAAUGGUGAGCACGUGUCACGAGAGAAAGAGAGAUUAAAUCAAACGUUUGAUUAGUUGAUUUCUAUUGUCAUAUACAUAUAAAUAUAUAAAUAAUAUGGCUGUUGAUACUACUAUUAUUACUAUUAUUAUAUAUAAUAUAACGCGACCACCAUGAUUAACAUUAUUACAUUAUUAGUAUUUUAUAAUAAAAAAGAAAAAUGAAUAAGAGAAACAAAACACAAAAUGAGUCUGUACAAAAUGAGAUGUAUCGUGUAUCCCGCGAGCGGAUAUAUGUACUCCAGGCGCGACUAAUGUACAACUGAUGUACAAUAAAAUACGCCUGUUAUGGCUUUGCGCCUAUACUGUUACCUUUUUCCAAAUCUCGUAGACUCUCAUUCGCGCGCUGAUUCUACAUUGAGGGCCGCGCGCUAAUACUUAAUUAUAUAUAGCGGAAAACCUUGCGCGCAAAGUCAUAGGCGCGUUUUUGACGGAGAUGCGACGUCUACGUCCCGAGAUGCUAUAAAACUUUUGUCGAGCGCUCGCGUCUAAUACUUAAUUCUCGAAUAUAAUUACAGCUAUUAUUUAGAGAUCGUCUCCUCUCGAGAUCGUACCUAUAUUCGCGGUGAUUUGAAACUUUUUUCUUUGUAUAAAAAAAGGGACGAAAAAACAAAAAAACAAAAACGAACGAAUAAGUAAACAAACAAAUAUUAAAUAAUUAUAUAAGUAUAAAGAAAAAAAUAAGCGAGAAAAAGAAUGUCGCGUUAUAGACAAUGUUGUUUCUAUAUAAGACUAUUCAAGUGCCAAAGAUUUGAGCCAAGGACUAAUCACUCGGAGAUGUGAUACCAUAAACGAUUAUAUCGAUCCGCGUCUCUGACAGACGCGCGAUUCGCCAUAGCUGUCUAUCUCAGCACUUCGAGUACGUAUAAUACAUCUAUAUACAACUGCCGAAAAGAAACUACAAUAUCUCUGAUGUACCCUGAACAUAUCCUGAAUUUCCUUUUUAGAAUUUUAUCAAAGUACGAAAGACUGCCAAAUUUUUAUCACGAAUUUACGAUUGCCAAAAUAGGAGAACUUUGAUAAUCAGCAGAAGGAAUUUGAAUGUUAUAAUUGUGUAAGUCUUUUAUCCCCCCGUGAGUAUUUGUAUCAGAUAUGAUGCGCGAGUUUUUAGCUACACAAGGUGCGCGUCACAAUAUCCGAGAGAAUGCAACUGCGCGCGAGAGGCUUAUAUGUCCACGCACUGAUCGACAUCAUGUUUUGUACCUUGUAAAUGUUCGUCGUGUAUGAUGUCCCCGUUUUUUCGAGUGAUUAACCUCUUGGAUAUGACUUUUCGAAGGCUGAAGUAAGUACGACCGUGUAUAAGCACCAACCUUGUCUGUUUACAUGUUACAUAUGCGAAAGAGAAAGAAAGAUAGAGAGAGAGAGAGAGAGAGAGAGAGAGAGAGAGAGAGACAGAGAGACAGAGACAAUUCGAAAGUCGAUCGACAAUGGCUUAUAUAUUUCAGACACGUAUGAUCAACGGUCGCUUUACGACUUUUAGACGACCAGUAGAAUGACUGUACCUAAUGCUCGACUUUGAAAUUAGGAGCGAGAGCCAAAUAGCGGAAACAGAAAAACACACACACACACACACAUACACUGAACGCAAGUACUCUUCAAAUGUGAAUGUAUUAAGACGAUACGGCGUUUCCAAGUAUUGUAUGUCGGUCUCACGGUCGAUUUUAAAUAAAAAUUGACAUCAUUUAAACGACA